AUUUACAAGGUGUACUAGGUCAUAGUGAAUUAUACUGAAUGUAAUUGAGUGAACGUCUAGCAGGUAAAUAUUAUCGAUAUCAACAAUUGCAAGGUAAAUAAUGCUAUAUACAUGAACUUAGUGACGUAACACAACAAAGAUCUUAUGGUAUAUCUUUUUGUCGACAGAGAUGCAAUCACUUGGUUCAAACGGAGAUUAUGUUUUCUUGAUUGAAGGAUAAGACGAUCACGUACACACUUUCUGACAGGCCCGGGGCAAUAAGUGUACGCAUAUUAGACAUGUGAUGCAACGGUUACGUAAAACUCGAAACAAUUCAGACAAUUUGACAGUCGAAUAAUGGACCAAAUCGACUAUCGAAAUUGUGAUGCAGGAUCUGAUGCCGUGAGCCCGUGACAAGGAAACUGGAUUUUUAAACGGUUAACUGAUCAUUAUCAGACUGUUGCUUAUUUGUUUAUUAACGGGGCAAAAAUCAUAUAAGCUGCAACACAAUUGUGUAGCUCUGAACGAACUUUUGUGGAGUUGGGACUUCGAGACGCUCAAAUACAUCAAUCACGGCCUAUCAGCUUCAUAAAUGACGUCCCACGAGCUAAUAAUGAUUGUUAUAUUUAUAGACGGGAAGACAAAGCCAAACUAUUUGAGGUUCAGGCAACAACUAAAUACGCCUCACAGUGUAUAUAGUUCGUGAGAGCAUAACCAUGAGUAAUUACGUUCUCCUCCUCGCUGUCUUGAUUUGCUCUGCCACGGGCUUUCCGGCGAAUAAUAAUGGGCGCAUCACUGGCGGAGGGCUGGCCUCACCUGGACAAUUCCCUUACGUCGUUUCCGUCACGGAGGAUGGUCGUCAUUUUUGCGGAGGAUUUAUUUACAGCCAGGGAUGGAUCGUAACAACAGCCUCGUGCGUCUCAGGGAAAUCUGCGAGUAAACUGAAAGUGGUCGUUGGCCAGCAGGAACUCACCAUGGUCGAUCCUUACGAGGAAACCAUUUCCGUCUACCAGAUUCACGUCAUCGAUCGGUACAACAGCACCACUAAGGUGAACGACGUCGCCCUUCUUCAGCUGAUGCAGAACAUCAGUUUCAGCUCGCCUGAUCAAGUUUACUUUAUCAAUUACGACGAGAUGGAUGCAACUCAACCGGAGGGAACUACGAUCGGAUGGGGUACCACUCAGGAAGGGGGAUUCGAAUCGACGAAACUUCGCUACGCUUCCAUGAGUAUUUCCAAUGCAAAGACUUGCGGUGAUUACACCGAACAAGAAUUCCAAACUGGAACCAUGAUCUGCGCAGACACCAGCGCUGCCACAACCGACGCCGGUGCUCCGUGUCAGUACGAUGAAGGAUCGCCGAUGAUUCAAACAUUUUAUGGUAAACCCGUUGCUGUGGGGAUCAUGUCGAAAAACCGGGGCUGCUCCGUCGACCUGCCCAGCGUUUACACCCGUCUGUCCGUUUACUACGCCUGGUUUUCGCAGGUGGCCGGCCAUCAACCGGUGGAUAGCCUCACAACAACGUCGGCUGGACCCACUGACCCUAAUACGGGCAGUACCAGUACGACAGCGGCCAUCAGCACAACUUCGGGAGCGAGUACGACAACCGGAAUCAGUAGCACGACAACCGGAAUGAGUAGUACGACGACCGGAAUGAGUAGUACGACGACUGGAGUCAGUAGUACGUCAACGGAAGCCACCACGAUGACGACGGAAGCCAGUACGACGACGGGCCGGCCCACUUUAACUCCGACGCCAACGACUAGGGAGCCUAUUACCUUGCCACCGGAUUUUACUAUUCCGCCCACGACGACAAAGGCCCCCAUUUUCACCCGACCACCUCUUCAGAUUAAAGCCCUUAAAGUUAUUCAACCAUUAGAAAAGUCAAAUUAG